AAGAAGCCACUCUUUGUUCCUACAAAAAUGGCGAACAUCUCCAAGUGUACUCCAUUUGUCCACUGACCUCGCAAUCCUCGACCACCUCAAUCCCCCUGCAUGUCCACGUGCUCUCUCUUUAAGCCACCACGUUUCUUGUCUCUCUCUAUAAACAACUUCAGCACGCCACCCGCUCAACAGAACUAACCCAUCAAAACGCAAAUUCGCAAACACUUAAGCUGUGCGGUUUCAAUGGCUUCCAGUGACAAAUCUCCGGAACCAACACCUCCCUACGGAGAUAAACAGCCACCGGGUGCGCCGAUGACGGUACAUCAGCACUUGCUUGACAAAGGCGCUCAGAUGAUGCAGUCUUUGAAGCCCAUAAAGCAGAUGAACCAACAUGUGUGCACCUUUGCUAUGUAUAGCCACGAUUUAUCUCGCCAGAUUGAGACUCACCACUAUGUCACCAGACUCAGCCAGGACUUCCUCCAGUGCGCCGUUUAUGACGGCGAUGAUUCCACCGGCCGACUCAUUGGAGUGGAAUACAUAGUUUCACAUAAGAUCUUUGAAGGUUUGCCAAAAGAAGAGCAGAAGCUUUGGCACUCUCAUGCUUACGAGAUCAAAUCAGGCCUCUGGGUUAAUCCUCGAGUCCCAGAAAUGAUAAUGAAACCAGAGCUGGAAAAUCUGACCAAAACUUAUGGCAAGUUUUGGUGCACAUGGCAGGUGGAUAGAGGCGAUGGGCUGCCACUGGGAGCGCCAGCGCUGAUGAUGUCUCCGCAAGGAGUGAAGAUGGGGACGGUGAAGCCAGAGCUGGUGCAGAUAAGGGACGGCAAAUACAACAUAUCAACCGAAGCAAUAAAGACUACAAGGGUGGAUAUUGAAGAGCCAGAGCGGACCAACCCGCAGGCUGACUACUGGAAGCUGCAUGGCAAGGGGUUUGCCAUCGAUAUUGAGAAAACUCAGAUGAAAACGACGGCUCCCUACCCAUAAGUAUGAACACGAUGGUGUGCUUUAUGAAUGUCGCUAAUAAAUAAAUUAUAUCAUGUAGAUCAAUGUGUUCAAAUGGACUCCCUUUUGCUUCAUUUGUGUUCUUGAAUCUUUCUUGUUAAUUUAUCGUUUCAGAACCAGUAAUAUUUUGUAAACAUAGACUACAAAUGGCAAAUUUAUGAUUUAAUCCUUUUAAAUUAUAUUAUUUCUUUGUUGA